AAGAAAUAUUAGUAGACAUAGGGAAAAACAAUGCACGUAAAUCUCUAUGUCUACUUUUUAAUAAAUAUCACUGUGUAUUUAAACUACAUGGGGGAUUUAGGAUAAUUCAACUGGUUUAUAUCCGGUUGGUAGAUUUUGCCAUGGUUUCAAUUGUUACAGAAUUGUGUCCAUGGAAAGUGGUUGAAUUAUUGUAAAGUCUAACUUGUCAAAAUCCAACAUUACACAUGUCAAACUAAAUGUCACAUACUUACAAUGAUAAAGGUAGAGAGUAACAACGACAGGUGUAACGUUUGUAAUGGUUUGAUUAAAAAUUCCAUUGCAGCCGCAUUGUAUAAAUGCAAUAUGGGGAAACAUCCCAUAUGUUACACUUGCUUUUUGAGAGCCUCCAAAAAUGGUAACCCACUCUGCCCGAAAUGCAACUCGCUCGUAAUGAAAACAAGCUCAAGUGCUAUCUUUAAGCGUAGCGAAAAUGUAACUGUAGAAAAAUUAUUUCAGUUACCGACCGAAAAAAUUAACGCCCUAUUGUACAGGUCAACAGAAAAGUUAAACGAUGCGACGGAAAAACACUGGGCACCAAUCAAAUGCCCUCACAGCCCAUGCGGUAAAACCGUAAAUCCUUCGUCUUUACACAGUCACUUCAUUUACGAGCACAGCAAUAUUCCAAUCUACCAGUUAACGCGAGGGAGCGAGUUACAGGUGUUAACGGAGCUGUCGCACUUGGAACACGGCGCCUCGCGGUGUAUUGGACUGAUCGAACUAUUGCCGUCGGGUUGUUCAUUUUGUAUAUUGGCGAGUGCCUCGGAAGAAUGCGAUCCAUUAUUGGGCUACGCCGUUUAUUGGCUGGUUACAAACUCGCAAAAACAGUAUCAGUGCACGUUGGAAACGUUAUCGCCCUCGAAGGCGUCGAGUUGCGCAACUUUUUGUAAGGUAAUUGAAGCGAGGAAUAAUUCGUCUAUUACGGCGAUAAUCAAGGCAAUGGGUUGCCUUUUCUUAUCAUAUGGUACCGUUAAAAACCUAGCAGAUGAUUUUGGAAAAUUACAUCUCUGUAUAGUAAUCCAUUAACAGUAAAUUAUCUAUUUAUUUAUUAUAUUAUCAUUGUUUACAUGAGAAAGUGGUAAAAAGUUUUGGUUGUGGUUCGCUUUACAUGCUUGUCAUCUCUUGCCUCCACCUUUGUCUUGGAGAGGAGUUUGACCGUCACAAUGGUGAAGUUCAGUCUUGUCCCAGGAAGUUUGGUCCAUGAGAACAAUCAAAGUUUGUCUCUUGGGGUCUUCCUUCCUGUCUACCAACGGUCCCAAUUUUUACCUUUUUCUAACUUCCCUUGGGAGUGCUGUUUGACUUAAAACGACCAUUUCAUGAUGGAAAGCAGUGGCGGCGAGAUAAUAAUAAUAAUAAUAAGUGACAUUUAUUAGAUUACUGGAAGUACAGAAGGAAAUAUUUUCUUUUUAUAUUUUUAUGUGUGUAUUUUAUUUUUUUCUCGUUGACGCCUCCUAUGUACAUAUGUAUGCCAAAGGAAAAAUAUAAUGACUAAUGACUAAAAAAAAAAAAUAAACAUAAAAUAAACAUUCAAAUAGAUAAUAAACUAAAUAAUUAAAAUUAAAUGAAAAAUGAAAUUAAUGUUCUGAGACACCCUAGAACUGCUCUACCACGGAAAUUUACUUAUCUUUUCCCAAGAAACUUUAAUUUGCAGAGAAAUUCUAUUGGGGGUGUAGUUCCCAAAUGGAACAUUGACGCGUUCUCGGUUUUUUAAGAAAAAGUGCAUGUUAUAGUUCUCUCUGCGACACAAUUUUUUUCGUCACAAUAUUCAUCCUUAGUACUUACCUCUUUUCUCAUUUUUUUUAAAAGGAUGUGUUCUUAAUUUACAACCAUUAACUUUCUUUUUUACUCAUAGCCCAAUUUAUUAGAACAACAGUAGUCAUAUAGGACCGGUUGUGGACCAGCUCAAGAUCGCUCGCCACCUUGCAAAGUAAAUUAAGGUAGCCAUUUUAGCUAAUAAUGAAAAUGAAAUAACGCCAGAAAAAUUAUCAAUGAUACAGUGACUAGGGAAUCUUUAAUAAUUUUUUUCUUUUUCAACAUCUGAAGAAACUAACAAAGGAACUCCAUUAUU